AUGAAGUACUUCCAGCAAUCCGUCAACUUCGACUACUCUUGGGAAGAAGUCUCGACAAGCAACUGGCAAAAGUAUGGGCCAUGGAACGAAAAGACCCCGCACGUCAUCGCCGUAGACACACUGAGCCGCUCGGUUGACGCCAGCACCGGAAUCAUGCGCACAGAACGACUCAUUACAUGCCAACAAUCCGCGCCGAAAUGGGUGACGGCCAUCCUAGGCGGCGUCGACACCUCCAUGGUGUACGAGACAUCUUACGUCGACCCCGUGGCCAAGAAGCUCACCAUGACGUCGAUGAACAUCACCUGGGCGGACCUGCUCCAGGUGCGCGAAACCUGUGUCUACACGCCCAACUCGGCAUCGCCGGCCAACAAGACCAGCUUUAGCCAACGCGCCGAAAUCACAGCGUUCUGCGGAGGAUGGCAGAAGAUCAAGAACAGCAUCGAGCAGUUCACCGUCGACCGCUUCCAGCAGAACGCCCAGGCGGGCAAAGAGGGGUUCGAGAUGGUGCUCGAGCGCGCCAGGCAGGUUUUCCAGGAACAGCGGGACAUUUUGGCGCUGCAGCAGAACAGCCGGAUACUGAGGGAGGCGAGGAUGUAA